AUGAAUGACCUGCCCCCACCAUCCGAGGCCGACGAGUCGCCCUUGUCCGGAGGCGCCAUGGAUGGUAGCUCGCAAUCCACCCUUCAGCCCGUCGAAUCUCCCAUCCCCCUCAUACCUCCGCCAUCGUCCGCAGCCACGCAAGACGCGGGACACGACCCCGUGCCUCAACAGACGCCAAGCGCCCGUUCCUCAUGGAGCGCCAGCUCAGGUCGUCAACCCGGUCACAGCCCCGACCUGUCCGACAGGGUGUUCCCUAUUCGAUCCGUCGUCAGCGUCAACCCCGCCGGUCGAACGUCUGGCGAGCACGGCUACUUCCCACGCAUGCCCGACCAUGGCCAGUACACCGCAGCUCGACCCGACGCCCCGCGCCCGCGCCGCUCCGACUCGGUGUCCCAGCCUGCCGCCUCCGCCGUCACGUCCCCCACCGGCGACCGCCAGACCGCACGAAACCGUCGCAAGCAUACCUCCUCCGGUCCCAUAUCGAGCAUACAAGCCGACGCCGCCCGCCACGCCAACUCGACGCCCUUGCCCAUCUUUGAAAGCGAUGCUUGCGGCUCCGAGGGGGGCCACUCCUCCCGUCUGGACCGGUCGAACACCAGCCAGCCAUUGCACGCACAGCCGGCUUCGACGCCUGCCGGCUCGGUGCCUGACAGCCACGGGCUCAUCCUGCCGAGGUUCCGCCACGUCACGACGGACGACGGCCACGCCGUCAUUACAGGGCCCGACGCUGUUUUGCAGCACUGCGAGGACGAGCCGAUACAUACCCCUGGCGCCGUGCAGGGCUUUGGCCUGCUGCUGGCCCUUCGCGAAGACCAGGAGGGGGGCUUUUCGGUCCGCUACACCAGCGAAAACUCAGAGCGCAUCAUUGGCUACUCGCCGAAGCAGCUCUUCAACCUGGCAAGUUUUCUCGACAUUUUGAGCGAGGAGCAACAAGACAACCUCCUCGAUCACAUCGACUUUAUUCGGGAUGAGGAUGCCGAUCCUGCCACCAACGGGCCCGAGGUGUUCAGCUUGACGGUCCGCUCGUCGAGACGAAAGAGCACCAAGCUGUGGUGCGCCAUUCAUAUCAACCCAGCUCAUCCCGACCUCAUCAUUUGCGAGUUUGAGCUCGACGACGAUCACCUGUACCCCCUACGCCCGGCAGACGAGGUCGUUCCCGACGCGCCUGAAGACACCCUCCGAUCCGACCCCACCAUGGAGGAGCUUUCCAGCAGCACCGAGAUACUCAGCAAACCGCUGAGGGUCCUGAGAACGGCGAGGAGGCAGAGGGGCGAGGCCGGCGCCAUGCAGGUUUUCGACAUCAUGUCUCAGGUGCAGGAACAGCUUGCGGCGGCACCCUCGCUGGACUCUUUCCUCAAAGUUCUUGUCGGCAUCGUCAAGGAGCUGACGGGCUUUCAUCGCGUCAUGAUUUACCAGUUUGACUCUUCCUUCAACGGCAAGGUCGUCACCGAGCUCGUCGAUACCAGCCACACGCGCGAUCUUUACAGAGGCCUGCACUUCCCAGCCUCGGACAUCCCGCGGCAAGCUCGUGACCUGUAUAAGCUCAACAAGGUCCGACUUCUCUACGACCGGGAUGUCGAGACGGCGAGGCUCGUAUGCAAGACGCAACAGGAUCUCGACGUUCCCCUCGACAUGAGCCACGCCUAUCUGCGCGCCAUGUCGCCCAUUCACCUCAAAUACCUAAAGAACAUGGCCGUCCGCUCCUCCAUGUCCAUCUCUAUCAACGCAUUCAAUGAACUCUGGGGCCUCAUCGCCUGUCACAGCUACGGUGCCAAGGGCAUGCGGGUCUCGUUUCCCAUCCGAAAAAUGUGCCGACUCGUUGGCGACACGGCUUCGCGCAACAUUGAACGCCUGUCGUACGCCUCGAGACUGCAGGCCCGCAAACUCAUUCACACGGCACCCUCUGAAAAGAGCCCUUCGGGCUACAUCGUCGCAUCCUCGGAUGAUCUGCUGACGCUCUUUGAUGCCGACUUUGGCAUGCUGUCGAUCCACGGCGAGACGAAGAUUCUCGGACCCGUCGAAGAGUCGUCGGAGCCGCUUGCCAUGCUGGAAUAUCUGCGCAUGCGCCACAUGUCGUCCGUCGUGACCACGCAGGACAUUCGCGAGGACUUCCCGGAUCUGCAUUACAAACCCGGCUUUGUCACGAUCGCCGGCCUGCUCUACGUGCCGCUGAGCGUCGGGGGCACCGACUUUAUCGUCUUCUUCCGAAGGGGCCAGGUCAAAGAGGUCAAGUGGGCCGGAAACCCCUAUGAGAAGAUCCUCCGCGAAGGUACGGAGGCGUACCUGGAACCCAGGAAAAGCUUCAAGACGUGGCACGAGACGGUGGUCGGCAAGUGCAGAGACUGGACUGAAGAGCAAGUGGAAACCGCCGCCGUGCUGUGCCUCGUCUACGGCAAGUUCAUCGAGGUCUGGAGGCAGAAGGAAGCAGCGCUGCAGAGCAGCAAGCUGACAAAACUACUCUUGGCCAACUCGGCGCAUGAAGUCCGCACGCCGCUCAACGCAAUUAUCAACUACCUCGAGAUCGCCUUGGAGGGCUCCCUGGACCAAGAGACGCGUGACAAUCUGGCCAAGUCCCACUCGGCCUCAAAGUCACUCAUCUAUGUCAUUAACGACUUGCUCGACCUCACCAAGACGGAAGAGGGGCAGGAUCUGGUCAAAGACGAGAUUUUUGCCCUCUCCAGCUGCAUUCACGAAGCGACUGACCCCUUUAAAAAUGAGGCCAAGCGCAAGGCUAUCGAGUACGAAAUCAUCGAGGAUCCUGGCUUGCCAUCCUUUGUGUAUGGUGACAGCCGCAGGGUGAGACAGGCCAUCUCCAACGUGACAGCCAAUGCCGUUCAGCACACCGACUCGGGAAGUGUCAAGGUGGAAUUAUACGUGGCCGAGGUCCAAGAGCAACGAGUCCUGAUCGAGGUUCUGAUCCAGGAUACGGGAAGGGGCAUGAGCCCGAAGCAGCUCGAUGCGCUUUUCCGUGACCUGGAGCAGGUCAAUCCCGACAGCAGCAGGCAGUUGACUGCCGACGACGACUCCUCUUCGUCAGACAAGCGGACGUUGGGGCUGGGGCUUGCCUUGGUCGCUCGAAUUAUACGCAACAUGAACGGCCAACUGCGGCUCAAGUCGGAGGAGGGCAAGGGGUCGACUUUUGUCAUGCAGUUGCCAUUUGAUAUACCAGACGAGUCACCUUCGCUUUCAGUAGGAUCUGGCCGGCAAAGCAAUCCCGUGCCCGACGCGAAUUCCGCAUCGGCCACGAAGCAACCCCAACAGCCCAGCGCAGGUGAGAUCGUCCUGGUCGACGGAGGGACAGCCUCGCACGCUGCCAAGUCCCCUGGCGAGACGACCGGCCACGUCAUAGAGACGGGGAGUCUCAGGAGCCAGAUCAGUAGCCAUUUCAGCGGAGGCGGUAGUAAAGGCAGCCGCACGAGUGUGCACAGCUCCCUCAGUGAUGCGGAAAGACUCAUCGACGCAAUCCAGACCCCGCUGGGCAUUGGCGAGCAUGUCAUGGGGUCUCCGUCUCGGAACAGAGCCGUCAAGGGACGUCGAGACGACUCCGGCGUCACGGGAACAGACGCCGCAUCGACAGCGCGAUCCGUGAGCCCUGCGACCACACGGCACAGCGACCCAAGGUCGCCAGGUGCAAUCGUCCUGCCCAGCCAGCCAACGGCCGGCUUUGUCGCUGUGAGAGACACCAAGACGCCGAUCCGACCGGUGAAAGUACCCGAUGAGUACUUUGACCAGCCUAAAGAGGCUCCUUCGUCAUCUCGAGUGCUCUACGAAAUUCCCGAGCCCGCGAAGCAGCAGCAGCCGCAGCCAGCGCCCUCCGAGACGGACACAACGACGAGCUCGUUUCCCAACCUGGACGGCACAAAGCUGCAGGUCUUGAUUGCAGAAGAUGAUCCCAUCAAUCUAAGAAUAUUGAGGAAACGACUUGAAAAGGCUGGCCACGAGGUGCACCAUGCAGUCAAUGGAGAGGAAUGCGCCUUGUCUUUUCGCGAAAAGUCCGAGACCUUUGACGUGGUGCUCAUGGAUAUGCAGAUGCCUAUUGUCGAUGGCCUGACAAGUACCAAGAUGAUACGGUCUUUUGAGCAAUCGCACGAGAAUUGUCGUCACUCAGCCCUAGCUGCUCAUAAUGGCAGGGUUCCCAUCUUUGCUGUAUCUGCUUCUUUGAUCGAACGCGAGAAGAAGACGUAUGCAGAUGCCGGAUUCGACGGCUGGAUUCUCAAACCCGUCGACUUUAAACGACUCCACACGCUGCUUCUCGGCAUCGUCGACGACAAUGUGCGUACGUCUUGCCUUUACCAGGAAGGAGAAUGGGAGCGUGGCGGCUGGUUCCACAGUCGGAGCUGCGAAGCGCGUGAGUCGGCAUCGGAUCAUGAUCAUGCCGGGGGAAUAGGGCUCGAAACACCUACAACCGAGGCCGAGGUUGCGGGUCAGGAUGAAGGGAUACCGGCUCCGAAAGAGGCACUCAAUGCGAGCGGUCCCGAGACCACCGAGUCCUAA